AGCAGAGAUUAAUUUGUGCCCACAUGAUCAGCGGCGAGACGGUCAAGGCACGAUGCGACUGUGAAAUGUGCAAAUUUUUUGUUCAGAUGCUGAUGUGACAUGCGAUGACGCCAUGGACGCACGCGAGCUUCAUUGUACUACUUAAUUUUUGGGUGGAAAUCGCCAUGCGCGCGCCUCCGUGUCCAUAUUUGUCACUGUUAAUUAAUUAAUCGAGCACUUCUCGUUCUUCGUCUUCUUCCUCCAGCCAGUGGUCGCAUCCAUGGUGUCGCCAUCUUGGCCGGGGCGGCGUCCAAACUCCAAAGUCUCCCGGUCUAUACGCCGAGAGGACUUAACCGCGUUCCUUAAUCAAUCGUGUCUUGUGCUUAGUGUAAAAUUAAGCUGACAAGGCUAGCUGAAGAUAGGCGAGAGGAUCGAUGGCGGCGGCGCCGGCGCCGGAGGAGAAGGUGUUCGUGGCGCUGCCGGCGGAGCCCAAGGCCGGGAGGUCGACGCUUUCGUGGGCUCUCGGCCAUUUCCGCGACACCGGAGGAGGCACUGUCGUCGUCGUCGUCACGCAUGUGCACGUGCCGCCGGAGAUGAUCCCCGUCAUGGGGGUCAAGUUUCAUGCUAGUAAACUGAAUCCGGAGCAGGUGAGCUUGUUCAGAAUGGCUGAGCGUGAGAAGGUGAACGAGCUUUUAGAUCACUACGUCAAUCAAUGCGUGAGGAUGAAGAUGAAAUGUGAGAAGCUAGUCAUUGAGAAUGAAAAUGUUGUAGCUGGUCUUCUGGAACUUAUUGCCUUGCAUGGCAUCACCAAGCUAGUAAUUUCAGCUGCUCCAGACAGGAAUUACUCAAGAAAAAUGGACAAACCAACGUCGAGGACAGCAACAGAAAUUAUGCAAUGGGCUAGCCCAUCAUGCAAGAUUUGGUUUGUCUGCAAGGAACGGUUAAUCUGUACAAGUAGCAAGGAUGUGGAAACUGCACCCGUACAUACACCUUCCAUUCCUGAUACUGGUCACGAUGUUCUGCAGUUGUCACUUCACCAGGAACAGGAUGACAACAAUGAGUUGGAACUGGGGUUUUAUGAUGAGAUCAAAGAAGCAUGCAAAGCAGCUGAGAACUUGAUGAGUAGAGCUUUAGCCGAAUCUUCCAGGCGGCAGAAAGCAGAUGAAGAACUAGUUUCAUCUCUUCAGAAAGCUAAAGAAUACGAAGAGCUGUACUUGGAGGAAGUUAAAAAGAGGAAAGAGCUGGAAGGAGCUCUUGCAAGAGCAAGUAGAGAAGUUGCUCUACUGAAACAAGCAAGAGACCUAGUCAAGAAUCAUCAGAACACAAUCAUGGAGGAACCGAAAGAAGAGACUGCAGAGAAUUUGAUUUUGCAGCAACGCAUGGUCGACAUGAAGGCCGGAGACUUGGGAUCCUCUGGGCAAGCAAUUCUGCAGGAGUACCUUGAUCAUGACAUCAGUGUCGUCAGAGAACUGGAGGCGUUGGUCAGACAAAGGAAGCUGGCUUCAUCAUCUUCUCCAUCGUCAGUGAUACAGUCGCCUUUCGAUGAAGAAUGCUGCAUCCCUUCCUACUUCAUCUGUCCAAUCCUUCAGGAGGCGAUGAGAGAGCCUUGCAUUGCAGCCGAUGGAUUCACCUACGAAACAGAUGCGAUCAGAGGGUGGCUUGAUGGAGGGCAGAGUGUAUCUCCCGUUACCGGGCAACAGCUUGCACACCAUGAGCUCAUUCCAAACCUCUCUCUUCGUUCUGUGAUCCAUGAUCAUGCAAGGAGGCAACGAUUUUCAUUUUCCUGAUGUAAUGUCUACUAACUUCAUCACUGAUAUAUGUAUCAUCCAACCGGAAAAAAACAUCGUGAAAUAUUUGUCACUGUUUCUUGUAAGUUUUAAUCUGUCUGUAAGUAUGACAGUAUAUUCAGAAAAUAUACAGCUUACGAAAUGCAG